CCUGGCAGUGCUGUCCUCUCCCUCACUGCCCGCCGUGUUAACCCUCCUCUCCCUCUUGGCUCUCUGCCCCCAGAUGUCCCUGGCUUUCUGAGCAGUUCUCCGUGGCCAUACCCUUGUACAAUGGCGUGAUAUUCCUUUUUGUGCUCGCCAACUUCUGUAUGGCCACCUUCAUGGACCCCGGCAUAUUCCCCAGAGCGGAGGAAGAUGAGGAUAAGGAGGACGACUUCCGCGCCCCGCUCUACAAGACGGUGGAGAUCCGUGGCAUCCAGGUGCGGAUGAAGUGGUGCUCCACCUGCCGUUUCUACCGGCCCCCCCGCUGCUCCCACUGCUCCGUGUGCGACAACUGUGUGGAGGACUUCGACCAUCACUGCCCCUGGGUCAACAACUGCAUCGGGAGGCGGAAUUACCGCUACUUCUUCUUGUUCCUGCUCUCCCUGACCGCCCACAUCAUGGCCGUCUUUGGCUUCGGCCUGCUCUUCAUCCUGUACCACACGAAACAGCUGGACCACGUGCACUCCGCUGUCACCAUGGCUGUCAUGUGUGUCGCCGGUCUCUUCUUCAUCCCAGUAGCAGGCCUUACUGGCUUCCACAUAGUACUUGUGGCCCGGGGACGAACUACUAACGAGCAGGUGACGGGCAAGUUCAGGGGAGGCGUGAACCCCUUCACUAAUGGCUGCUGGAGGAACAUCUCGCACGUCCUCUGUAGCUCUCAGGCGCCCAGGUACAUGGGCCGGUGGAGGAGGGAGCAAACUGUGGUGGUCCAGCCACCGUUCCUCAGGCCGAAGCUCGCGCUGAACAAUGGCGUCGACGGCCACAGCACCCGGUCAAAGAGCAGCCUGGAUGCGAUGGAGAGCCAGUCAGCUGAUGCUGAGGCUCCUCCCCCUCCUAAACCGGAGCUUAGAUACCCAGGUCACCCCAGGGGACAGAUGUCCAUGGGGAACGCAGAGGAGAGCAGUCUCCUGGGCGACGCCCCUCCCACGCCCACCAUGUACAAGUUCAGGCCAUCCUACAGCAGCCCGGGGAAGAACCACACCGCGCUCACGCACUCCGGCAAGGUAGGGCUCGCAUCCCCUGUCGCAUGAUUAACUGCAUCCAUGGCAUGACCGCGGCACUCACUCUAGCUCCAGUGAAAGGCAUUUGACCCAAUCCCAGCUGUAGUUGAUGCACUGACACGCUUGCCCUCUUCCGUAACCAGCAGGAGGCGCUCUCUUAGUCCUUCGUACUCACACCCUUGCUUAGGUGACGUCUUAAUUAGCUUUCUUGUGUUGCAGCAGCAUCAUCCUUAUGCCUCAUAACUUGUUGGCUGCUUGUCCUGAAGGUUCGAAGUCCAGGGUUUGAGAUGUUUGGUUAAAUUCCUCCUUAAGUGGCCUACAGUGUGUGUUUCAUCUGCGAUUCUCUUCCAUCGGCCAGUGAAGUUCAGUAGCUGGAAGAGGUUGGCUCGAGGUGUUCAGUAUUAACACGGUAGUGUGUCGAUGUCCAGCUGACAACCUGAACACUUAAGUGCUUGUACGCAUGACGUUCGUCCGGGUCGUGUGAGCUCGGUAAACACAUGGUACUGAGUGAUGAAUGCAAGCAAGUUCCUUCUGUUUUGUUAACUCUUAUUAGCAUGAAAUUCUUCAUUGGAUUCAAAGUUCAGCUCAAACUGUGGCAGUUUGAUACCAUCUGAACUUUACCCUACUGAAUGUUUUAUUUAGGUUCCUGUAAUCCUGUAUAAACUGAAAGCCGUAGGUGUGCAUGCGCGUAUAAAUAUUUCAGAAACAUUUGCUUUUUCCUUUUUUCCCCCCAUAAUGGUCAUUCAUUUUAUUUUCCUUUUUCUUGAUCGAUCAGUGGCAAUCAGUUGAUCAUUAAGGUAAAAUUGUGAUCAUUUAUUUUUAUGGUUGUGUGGUCUUUUUCCCACGCUUCAUUUACAUCCCAUUCCUCCUUUUAAAACCAUUUUGUCAUGCCAGCCCUUAUAAUUAAAAUAUAUUCAUUAUUAUUACAUAGAUUGGUCUUCGGUCGAGACAAAUCAUAACUCGCUCAUGAAGAUUUGCAGGGGAUUGGUGUGUAAAUUUGGAACAGCAGCUGUUCAGCUGUUGCUGGGUCUUCAGAGAAUAUGGCACCAACAGCUGAUGCCCCAACAGCCUUAAACCACAUUUAAAACUUUUAUAUUUUCUAGUGAGAUGUCAGCAGUUCCUCUUGUGGGACUUGAACAAAUAGCCUUCUGGUGACAAAGUCCUCUUGUUUGCCUCUUUUGUGCCUCCUGCUGCUGACGCAAUCAUCUCAUAUGGCCUGGCCUUCAAAGGCUCUUAAAUACCCUUCUGUGGCUCUCAAAGAACUUGAUAAACUGGAUGAAUAUUCCAGAAGUAUUUGCGUGUGCAUAUAUAACAUAUAAUUGCAGCUGUGCCUCAGAAUGAUCUUUCUGUGAAAAUACGUAUUUCAUUAUGCCGUCUUUGGCUUGCUGGUUGAAACUUUGCAGUCAUUAGCAUGCGAGGAGCUCCGCAGGUCCUGCCCUCUUGAACAGCAUGCUUGGACCUGUGUGUGAGCCACUGACUAGCUGUAGGAUUAUCCCAUCCCUAAGCGGCCUCUGAGUGCCCUGUCUGCCCUCUGCCUGCCUGCAUGUGGUCGCUCAGUACCCUGUCCCACCUUGGGCUCCGAUCUGGAUUAACUCACCUUGUCUUUCUGUGCUGUGCUCCUGUAUUUGUGUUUCCUCCCUGUGCUGUUGGUGCAAUGAUUACAUGCAUAAAUGCGUUUCCAGUCAUCUGUGUGUGUCUGUGUGUGUGUCUGUGUGUGUGUCUGUGUGUGUGUCUGUGUGUGUGUGAGUUACUGCUCACUUAGAGAUAAACAUUCUUCGUUUCUUACUUAUUCCUUCAUCCCACCCUCCUGCUCCGCUUUUUUUUAUUUUUAUAAAUGCUCUCUUUCCU